AUGGUUGAAUUUGAAAGAGACAAAUCAUGGUUUACACUUGAAUCGUUGCCGAACGAAAUUUUGAUUGAUAUUUUAGAAAACUAUAUUAAUGGUAUCGAUAUAUUUACAGCAUUUGUCGGACAACUUAAUAGUCGCAUUGAUGAUUUGAUCGCGCAAUGUCGUAAGUUUCGUUUUAAUUUUAUUUGCUGUAGAAAAGAUCAUUUUCAGUUCUGUCUAAGCUUAUUUCCAUCAAUGGUUGAUUGCAUCACUGAACUAAACUUAUCAGAAUGGAAGACGCCUGGUCAAAUCAAUAGGUUUUUAUCGUCCUUUUCGUCAUUCGAAGUAUUCAAAAAUCUUCGCAUAUUAUAUUUUCAUUUUGACACUGAUGUCAAAUCUUCAGAGUUACUACGUGUGGCAUGUCAAUCACUGAUGCAUUUGAUGAAUCUAUGUACUUUGUCAAUCAACGAAAAAGGAAAUAAUAGUUAUAUAUCACGAGCAUUUAUUCAUAGUCUGUUGUCUUUACCAAGACUGAAGCACCUCUCCGUUGCUGUUCAAGGGCGUGAAUCUUACCACAACCAAAUACUUCUGCCGACACUACCACCAUUUUCAUCUAAGAUUAAGCAUUUGAUUAUUACAGGUGUGCAAUAUAACUGGAGCCAUCUUCAAUCAAUGAUUCAGUAUACUCCUCAUCUUCGAUAUUUUAAUGUUCGAUUAACUGAUUCAAAUUUCGAUCCGUACCAUACAGCAAGUUUAGACAAUCUGCCUUUCUUAUUACAACUUCGAACGCUGAUAUUGCACUUUGAAGAUAAUCAUUCGGUAACAUUUGAAAUGGUUGCACAAUUCUUGCAAAAAGCAAAUAAUCUUUGUCGAUUAGAAAUAACUGCCCAUGGCGCAUUGAUUAGAGCCAGUUCUUGGGAACAACUCAUUCAGGCAACACUACCACAUUUGAACAGAUUCUGUCUAAAAUCAAGUCCAUCCCGAUUGAAGAAUCGUAUCAUUUCUGAAGUACUUCUCUCCUUUCAAACAUCAUUUUGGACCGCGAAAAAUAGCUUCUAUUUUAUAAUCGUAGACGAUGACGUUCUAUUGAAUGACUUUCGUAGAUUCGAUCAUAGUUGUGGACGAUACCAUCAGACUUAUGCAUCUAACUGGAGACGAGGUUCCAGCCAGAGUACACAAUUCGCAGCAACAUCGGCAUUUGCAACAAGCACUUUUACCAGUCUAUACUUUUGUGGAGAUUCUCCUCUUCUAUCAUAUCAACAUUUGUUUAACAAUGUUCGAUAUCUUGUAAUUACUCGUCUGGAAAAAAAUCUUGUUUCGUGGAUACUCGAACAUGUGAACUGUUCCAAAAUCGAAGAACUUGAUAUUUCUCAAUGUGAAGUAGAUCAAGUAAUGAUAUCUUUACCGCUGAUUUAUAUGAAGAAUCUAAAGUCACUUAUAUUGGAUAUUAAUCAAUUGAACGCAUUUAAACCAUCGCAGCUCGAGACAAAUAAUCAAGUUAGAUCGCUCGUUUUAUUCGAUAGAAUAAGAAGAUUUCAUGAAGAUCUAAUUCAAACUGUUGGUUGCCUCUUUCCUCGCAUUGAACAUCUGGUGAUCGCCUUACCGAGAGCCGUUCAGCUUCUUGUUUUAUGCAAAUAUUUACCAUAUCUCCAAAGUAUUACCUUUACGACAGAUGAGUUUCACAUUAAGUAUUUCCAAUGGUCUGGUGUAUUUCGAUGUGAUGGAGACUGGAAAUCUAUUUGGUUGAACCCGCCAAUAGACGCAAGUAAAUUUCAGAAGCUUUUGGUUCGAGUAGCGUCAUUAGGAUCUUCUAAUGAGUCAUCCUUCACAAAAAUUUGUCGAUACAAAAAGUUCAAAUCAUAG